CCCACCCAGGGCCGGGGUCAGGGUUUCCAGAGCAGGUGGUCUGAGGGUCAGGGGUUGGAGACUCAGGUGGUCUGAGCCCGACCCCCCCGCCAGAGGAACUGGACAGCCCCCUCGCAACCGGAUGUCAGAGGGUCUGGGAAACCCCGCCCCCCUGAAGCCAAGAUGUCCAGCAAGCGGGCCAAGGCCAAGACCACCAAGAAGCGGCCACAGCGGGCCACAUCCAAUGUCUUUGCGAUGUUUGAUCAGUCCCAGAUCCAGGAGUUUAAGGAGGCUUUCAACAUGAUCGACCAGAACCGUGAUGGCUUCAUCGACAAGGAGGACCUACACGACAUGCUGGCCUCACUGGGGAAGAAUCCCACGGACGAGUACCUGGAGGGCAUGAUGAGCGAGGCCCCGGGGCCCAUCAACUUCACCAUGUUCCUCACCAUGUUCGGGGAGAAGCUGAACGGCACGGACCCCGAGGACGUGAUCCGCAACGCCUUUGCCUGCUUCGAUGAGGAGGCCUCAGGCUUUAUCCACGAGGACCACCUUCGGGAGCUGCUCACCACCAUGGGUGACCGCUUCACAGACGAGGAGGUGGACGAGAUGUACCGCGAGGCGCCCAUUGAUAAGAAAGGCAACUUCAACUACGUGGAGUUCACACGCAUCCUCAAACACGGCGCCAAGGACAAGGACGACUAGGCGGCCGACAGCCCGCACCCAGGCCCCACCCCAGGCACUCCCCACACACUCGCCUCUGCCCCCUCCAUGCCCACGACCCAACAGGACCCUCUCAGGGGAUCAUCCUUGGAGGGGCUAGGGUCCCAGCUCCCAGUGGAGGAAACAGGCCCUAGAGGCACAGGGCCAGGCAAGGAACACGCAGCCACAACCGGGAGGGAUUCUGACUGUCCCCUGGGGAGAUAGGCCAGAGGGCACGAGUGGGCGACAACAAGAGAGGGCCCCUCGAGAGCCCAGGCCUCGCUGUGGCCCGCCCAGUCCUGGCUGCCCCCCAGAGGAAGGGGCCCUACAUCCUGGUGUCAGAAACCACUUCCCGUGCAUCCCCACAUGAACACGUGAGCUCACCCAGGUCCCCUCUCAGAGGACAGGACGCUGGAGCCCUCCCCUCCACCCUGUGCAGCCACAGAACACGCCAGCCCCACUGUGUGCUCGGGAGAUGUGGAGAAGUGGACAGGAUGUUUGUUGCCGGGAGGCAGACUCCAAUAGAAGGCUGAGCACUGC